AUGCAUGAGGAGGGCACGUCACCAUCGAAAGCACCAACCAUUGCAAACUUGUUGGUGACGGGAGACUCGCCAUCCGACACCACGAUUCAUGACCGGUCACAGUUCAGCCAACACCAAUCCUUGUCCCAAAGUCCGUCAGACCCUUCCUCCAUCACAGACAUAAUGUUCAACAUUACCAGUCCAGCGGUGCAAGAGCCAGUCAUGACCAUGCCGGAGCCGGUAAUCGUGGGAAUCAAUAUGCCCAAUUACUCUAUGGACAUGCCGGAACUCGAGCAGAUGCGCACAUUUCCCACUUCGGUACCGUUACCGGACCUGGACGGGGAUCUCGAGUUUCUCGACUUCUUUGAUCCCUUCCUGGGUAUGGAACCCAAGCUCAUGGGCAAUUUUGCCAUUCCGCCAGUACGGAGAGAUUCAGACAGCUGGUCGCCCUUGGAGCAUUUCUCCUCUUCCAGUCAGACAUCGAUGCAGGACUACGGCUUCCUCCAGCCACUCCAGACCCUUCGCCCACUUGCACCGGCCAUACAAGUGUCGACGGGAUUUACGACGGGCAAUCCUCACGAAGCCGACUUCGCAUCUCUGCCUCUGCCAGGCGACGAACAAUUCAAUGAAAAUGUGUCGACGCCCCUGAACACUUUCCCAGCGCCGUCCCCAGUGGUGACGCUUCCCCCAAUCGAUGAGCUCGACAAGAUCUCCAAGCCGACGCUGGCUCGCACACCGUUCACGAAGCCUCCUGCUCCAAUCUUUACAGAGCAGAUGCGCACCAACCUGCUGAACGAAAUCAAAGAGCGGCUCACAUCGAAGGAGUUGACGAGAUUCACGCUCCCCAGUGCAUCCGCAUUGCAAAAGUGUAUCCGGACCGCCAUCGACAGUUUCCACGUUCACAUGCCCAUCUUGCACCUGCAGACUAUGAACUUUACAUCGGCCCCCUCGCCGCUUGUUCUGAUCAUCUGUGCCAUCGGUGCGCUCUAUCGAUUGGAGAGAAAGAUCGCAGAACAACUCUAUCAGAAAGCAUACCAACUUCUUGCCGUGAGGUCGAAGGAGAGCAAAGAACAAGCCAAUCGGCCGAGUAUGUCGGAUGACUGGAUUCCUCCACCAUCCCAGGAAGCGAAAGUUGAUCCCGAGCUCCUAUGGAGAAGUCAAGCACGCCUGCUUAUCAAGAUGUUUGCGACGUUCUGCGGAGUCAUCACCGUCGUCACGGAGGCCCUCAGUGAGUUGGGUGACUUCCUCAUUGAUUUCCGUCUGCUAGCCCCCAUGGUAAAAGCGGGCAAGGGAAACCAGGAGAACCUCACAUGGGAAGAAUGGGUCCACAGAGAGAGCAUCAAAAGGCUUCUAUACGGACACAUCCUGUACGGCAAUCUUGUCACCAUGACGUACGGCAUAGCCCCAGGCUAUUCUGUCGUGUCGGACGGCUACAUCGAGAUGCCAUGCGACCAAAGUCUGUGGGAUGCGCAGACAGCGGAGCAGUGGGCCUCCAUCGCGAGCGUCAGGGGCAAGAGUUCGCCGCUCUCGCUGCGAGACGCCGUCUCUACGCUCAUGUACGAAAACAUCCCGAAACCAGUCCCGGCGCACUGCUGGUCAUGGUCUCCAUUCGCGGUCAGCGCCGUCAUCAACGCCGUCUCGAUCCAGCUCUGGCACAUCUCUCAGGGAUCGUACUUCCUCGGCGAGCUGUCCAGCAUGGGCAAGCCGCAGGACGCCUUGAAAUCCCAGAAUCUGAUACAAGCCGAAGCGGCGCUCACCCGGUGCCGCUCCCUCAUCACUCAGGCACGCACCGACGCGGAUUAUGCCUGGACCGACGCCGAGGGACCGCUGCUGUUCAACUGCCUCGCGCUGUUGCGCGUAACCUACUGCCGCACCUUCGCGGGCACCGGCAGCGCCGACUCGACGAUCCUCUUCAAAUCCACCCAGGAUGACCUUCUGGAGUCCAUCGAGGAUUUCGUGGCCGCGCCGCAGGAGCGCAGCGACAUGAUCACGCGGGCGGUCAGCCGUGCGUUCGAGGGCAUGUUGAUCCCUUACAAGAUGGGCACGCCGCUCAUCCAGAAGACCGCCGCGCUGACGUGGGCCAUCGAACACGCCCUCGCCGGUUGGGACGCCGCCCUGCUCGUGACCAAGUGGGUGCACGUCAUCGAGAUCGAGACCUCCCAGGCGGGUGGCGUCAUCACCGAGCUGGAGGAGCAGACCAUGGCCACCAUCCGUAACCUGACGUCCGAGUUCGAGUUCGAGAACGCCACGGGCGACAUAGUCUUCAAGACCGUGGCGGCCAAGCUGACCAUGUACUGGGCAAAGUUUUAUGACGACACCUGGGUCUGGGGCGUCACGCCACGGAUGGGCUUCACUCUCAGGGAGUUGGCGAGCAUCUAUGAGACGAACACACCUCGGAGUUAG